GUCACACCGCAUGCACAUGGCAAUUAGAUUCUCACUUGCCAAGCUAGUCAUCCAGGAAUUCGCUUAAAUCGCUGGCCCAAGAUGCUUCCGCUCCACCUUCUCCUUUGCAGCCAAGAGUGACGCGCAAGAAGAUAUGCCAGUCUCGCCAAUCAAACUCUGCUUCCUGUAUAACGGCCCACGUUGUCUCGGAAUCGCUUUCAUGGUGCCCACCGCCGGAGGAGGUAGCUCUCCUGUCUUCGUCGAAUUUCUGCCGCAUGUCCUACAGUAGAGUGGUGGAGGCCAGUCAUGAGGAAAGCACUGAGAAAAGCGUUCGAGGGCAUUCGAGACGCGGUGGAUGGGAAGGAGGACGAGACUGAGAGUAUGUCAUGUCCUCUAACAGGCCAAAAGGGAGACACGGAGAGCUAGUCGAGGUCGAGGUCGAGGUCCUGCCCGACUGACUGGCUCUCUCACUUCUCGUCAACAUACGCCUUCAUCUUCACCAACAUCUCUGUCCCCACGACAAGCACACCCAGAAACCAUCCCCUCCCAUUGGCAUGCGUCCCUUUCUACUCUUCCAUCAAAGUACAGUUCUGAUACGAGGUAUUCUCUACAGCUCCAAAGCAACGGCCCGAGCCGCACCCCUCCCUGUCCUACCACCAACCGACUCGACCGACCUCCAAAGACAUCCUUCGAUAUCGCUACCAGCACGCCACCAAUCUCGGCGGGAUUUUCAUCCUCGAACAAUGGCUGUUCGGGAGUAUGUACGACGAGGGGGUCUCGGGGAGCAGCGAACUUGACGCUGUCGUCGCGUCCAUCAAUGCCCGUGGCCUCGACGCCACCCGCCAGAAAUGGGAGGCUCACUGGGCCAACGCGCUCGCCGACUCGGACCUCGACUGGCUGGCCAACUCCGCGCGCUGCAACGCAAUCCGGUUGCCCAUCGGCUAUUUCACCCUGGGUCCGGCCUUCUGUGCCAACACGGCCUUCGCCGCGGCGCCCUCUCAAGUCUAUGUCAACGCGUGGUCGGCCGUGAAGCAGCUCGUCUGGCGGUGUUUCCAGCGCGGCAUCGGCGUGCUCAUCGACCUGCAUGGAGUCCCUGGCGGGGCAAAUCACGAAACACACUCGGGCACGAGCAGCGGCAAGGCCGAGCUCUGGGGCAACCCGUCCAACCUUGAGCUCGCGACCCGAUGUCUGGUGUUCAUCGCGGAAGAGACGGUUCGGGACCCGCAGCUGGCAGGUGUUAUGGGGCUCCAACUCUGCAACGAAGCCAUCUUCGACCCGCCGGGGAUGUACGAGUGGUACAACGAAGUCAUACAGCGGAUAUCUGCCCUGGACGCUUCGCUCCCCGUCUACAUCAGCGACGGGUGGGACUUGGGUCGCGCGGUCCGGUUCACUCGAGCUUACAACAAUCCGUGGGCGCCGACCUGCCCGGUGAUUGUGGACACGCACAAAUACUGGACGUUUGACGAGAAGGACACGUCGCGCUCACCGUACGAGAUCAUCGAACAGGUCCGGACCGAGCUUCACGAGCUCGACUCGACUCUUGUGGGCAAUGUCUUUUCCCACAAGGCCGCCGUGGCGGUGUUCGUUGGCGAGUACAGCAUGGCUCUGGCGCCUCAAACAUGGAGCAAAGCGCCCCCCGACCAGAAAGCUGAGCUGAUGCGGCAGUUCGGCCAGGCUCAGAGUCAAAGGUGGCAGAGCAUGGCGUCUGGGUCGGCGUUCUGGACGUUCAAGAUGGACUGGAUGCCGGGUUGGGAAUGGGGGUUCAAGGCAUCCUGCGAUGGUGGACAGAUUGUGCCCCCGAAGCAAUUUGCGCUGACCGUGGGCGAGAUUCAACGCCGACUGGCGCGGGCGGACGAGGAGAGGCCCCGGCUCUUAUCCUCUGCAUUUCAGGGACACGCCGAGUACUGGAAAACCGCGAGUCCGGGGGCCAACUUCGACGACCACCGGCUGUACACCGAAGGCUGGAAUCUGGGAUGGGCUGAUGCCCGCGAUUUCUUCGCUGCGCGUUUGGAAGGGCAACUUCUUGGGGCCCCUGGGUCCAGCCAUGGAGCUCCGGCUCUGGGAGAGAAUCUACCCCUGGCGGCAGACAUGAUUGGCGCGGUGGAUCUCUGGAUCCUCAAGCGCAUGCGUCAGGCAGGAGCUGCAGAUCCGCAGGUCUGUCCGCUUGGGUGGGAAUUCGAGCACGGGUUCCGCAGAGCCGUGAGGGACUUUGAGGGUGUCGUCCGCGCAUAAAGACGGCGAGAGGUGAUGAUAGGGGUGUUAGAAGAAGACGCCUGGCUGGGUUUCAAUAGAGACAUCCGAAACAAUCCGUCAAAGGCCACACUCUCACUCUGACCCAGAGUCCAAGACACCGAAACAAAACAGCAAAUAGCAAACGGGCAGUCGAUGAGAGGACAAUAGGUGAGCUGAGCGUGUACUGUUGUCUGAGCCUAGUGUGCGCAGCAGAAACAAAGAGACAGAUGCCCUUCCGCCGUUUGUUUGUCGUUCUGCACAUUGCCUGAGUACCAGCCAGUUUGGUGAAGGCGGUCACUCUGAUACUCAAGAAAGACGCUGGAAAUCCAAAAACAGGCCGGCCGGCCGGCCGUCACCGCCUUCGUCGAUUCACGAAUACCGUGUUUGGUACUUUCGGGCCGGUCACCUAGGGGAGAUAUACCUUAAGUAGUGAAAAACAGGCUGCUCAUCACCUUCUUCGUCGGUUCGUGAAUGCCAUAUCUAGUAUAUUUCGGGGCGGCCACCUGGAGG